AUGGCAGAGGAGGCCUGGAGGGGCCAGACUCCCCGGGUUGCCUGCAUUAGAAGGUUCAGCACCUCUGAACUUCCCCCCAACCCUGAGAAGGCAGAGAAGAAGAAGUCCACUUCAAAGGAAGCCAAGGUGAAGGAAAUAUUGAAAGUUGAAAAGGAAUUCAGCUUCCUCAUCAUAGGAAACAAAAGAGAGAACAUCAACAGAAUAACCGCGGCCACCAAAACCAUCAUCUACUUGUCAAAGCAUUACGAUGGCGCCGAGAGAGAUAUUGAGAUCCGUGGAAGCGCCGAAAACGUGGCGAGGGCUAAGGAAAUGAUUUUGGAGAGUAUCAAGGGCAUUGUUAAGCUUGAAGUUCCAAAGAGCGUACUCCCUUUCCUGAUUGGCAGAGGAGGGGUCAACGUUCGAAAGCUCACAGAGGAUACUGGAGUGCGAAUGAGAGUGUGUGAUGCUGUUGAGCAACAGGAGCAUGUCGAGAUUGUCUUGUAUGGAGCACCUGCAGAAAACAUUCAAGCCGCCAAGAAGCGAAUUGAUGAUGUGGUCGCAGCUAAGGCAUCGGCGCCGGCCGUGAGAUUGGAGAAGGAAAUUUUUGACGUUUCCAACGCCGUGGCCUCUGCCAUCAUCGGACGGGGAGGAGCUAAUAUCAAGAAGAUACAAAGUGAUACGAAUGCUAAGCUCUUCUUGCAGAACAAGCCAGGGACAGAAGACGAGGAUGGCAAUGCACAAAGAGAGAUCAUCAUUGUUGGUGACUCCAAGUCCGUGCAAGCAGCCAAGGCCGUCGUUACCGACAUCAUGAGUGACACUCAGCAAAUGAGAGAUUCUGCAGCAGAUCAUGCUCCAAAACAUGCUGUAUCACAGAGGACGCCGAAGGCCGAGCAAAGGAAGGGAGUGGAACAGUCCUACUAUCUCUAUUCUGAGGAUCAAACAGAGGCGAUCGAAUGUGAGGUUGCUAUACGCGAAAGUAUGACCACCAACCUGAGUCUCCGAUUUAACAAUUUCCUAGCAAUCAAGAAACCAAUCCCUCCACAGGAAGAUGCAUUCACGUGCCUAGAUGCGGAUGCCGAGAUUCAGCGUCUGAAGGAUCAAGGGCAUAAGAUGGACGACGAGUGGAUCGAGUACGGCAAGGAGAUUGCUGCUGCCCUCAAUUUGAAUCCGACAUUCACUUACUCCAGGAAGCGGUCUUUGUUCAGGCUUGCCAUGAAGGCCAUGAAUGCAGAAGAUCCCAUGUAUCUCGUCAGGCCAGUAAAGCUCCAGGAGUCAGAAAAAGCGGACGCAUGA